AUGGCGUGUUUUGCUUUUCCGAAGAAUUUUUGUGAUCGCCUUAAUGCAUAUAUCAGUAACUUCUGGUGGAAGGGAAACCCAGAGGAUAGAGGUAUUCAUUGGGCCAAUUGGGCCAAUUUAACUGUUGUUAAAGCUCAUGGAGGGAUGGGUUUCCAGGAUUUUAAGGCCUUUAAUACUGCUCUCCUUGCUCGCCAGGCCUGGCGACUCAUUAAAUUUCCUAACUCUUAUUGUUCUCGAAUUUUAAAGGGUGUCUAUUACUCGAGCUUUGACAUGCGAAGUGCGGUGAAAGGGCGAAAAGCAUCAUGGGCUUGGGCUAGCCUUCUCCAAGGAAGAGACCUACUCUUGAAGGGCCUUCGCUGGCAAGUUAGGAAUGAAGCUUCGAUUCAAUUUUGA